GCACUUGUCGUCCUCGUCACCUUUCCCUUCCUUUUUCUCCUCUCUUUCUCCUCGUACAUGGCGUCCAUGUCGUCGUCCCCGGCAGUCAGCUCGGGCGACCUCACAGACCUCAUCUCCUCGACGGGCUCAACAACAAUCUACCCUAAUGACGAUGCUGUCCUCAACGUCCUCCAAACCCGCUUCCGUGCAGACCUCCCUUACUCCCACAUUGGCGCAUCCAACCUCGUCGUCGUCAACCCUUUAAAGACACUUGCAAACUUGAAUGAAGCAAGUGCCAAGGACUAUGAGGAACGAUGUUUCAAGGACACAAGCGUACCCACGGCAGGUUCGCCAAAAGCGCCCCAGCCGCACCUCUAUGGUCUCGCCGCAAAAGUCUAUCUUCUCAUGCGGCAACGAAAACAAUCUCAGGCCGUUGUCUUCAGGGGAAUCACGGGAUCCGGAAAAACGGAGAGCUCGAAAUUACUUGUUAACCAAAUCUUACGGCUCUCUGCCCGCUCAAAGAAGGAACAAAAGGUCGCGGAACAGCUUAAAUCACUCUCAACUCUGUUAGACUCGUUUGGAAAUGCAAAGACACUCCUUAACCCGAAUGCCUCACGGCACGGUCGCUACCUAGAAUUACACUUCAAUGAGCACAGGCGUAUUGGUUCCGCCAAGGUGCUCACGUACGGACUAGACAAAACGCGAUUGACGCGACUCACACAUGAGGAACGCACGUACCAUGUCUUCUACCAGCUUCUUGCUGGAUCAACGACGGAGGAGCGCGACAGAUUGAACAUGGAAGACCCGUCGGACUAUGCGCUUCUUGCUUCGUCUGGGUGCUAUCGUUUACCUGGCGGCCCGUUCAGUGAUGACGCGACAGCAAUGACUGAGCUACGAGCUGCCAUGCGUACGCUCGGGUUCAAAACGAAGCAUGUGACCGCCAUCUUCAACUUACUGAUCGCCAUCCUGUUGCUCGGUAACCUCGAGUUCGUCGAAGGUGUUUCUCGUGAGGACACAGCUCAUGUGGUAAAUACGCUUGUGCUUGACCAGGCUGCAAGGCUUUUGGGCGUAACGUCCGAGGACCUUGCUCAGGCUCUCACGAAUCGAACGAGCUAUGUCCGUAAGGAGCUAUACACCGUUCUUUUGAGUCCCGAACAGAGCGCCAUGCAGCGCGACCAACUCGUGCGAGACUUGUACUCGAUCUUGUUCGCAUUCGUCGUGGAAACCGCGAAUCACAAACUUGCUCCAAAUCCAGCAGACCCUGCGCCACCUACGCAGAUCGUUCUACUUGACCAGGCGGGCUUCCAGUCCCGUUCGCCAUCUGGGACGAACUCGAUUGCUCUCACUGCUAAUGCACCGCUCAUUGCUGCGUACGGUCAGAACGGCUUUGAGGAGUUCUGCAUCAACUUCGCGGAUGAGCUUGUUCACUCGUACAUUGUUCGGAAUACGUUCGAGGACGCGGUCGGGUAUAAUGCGCACCUCACCGGAGAUGGCAUUACGUUACCGCCGAUUGAGACGAUGGAUAACUCUGCAUGUGUUGAGCUGCUACGUGGUGCGCAGCUGAGUGAGCGAGCGCACCGUAAGCCUGGAGGCAUGCUUGGUAUCAUGAACAAGGCGUGCAGCUCGUAUAAGCAGGGCAAGGGUGGUGAUCGGCGUGAUGAGGAUAUGCUACAGGACAUGAUGACGAAAUUCGGUGUGCAUGCUUCGUACGUAGCUAGUCCUGCACUUGGCGGCUCAGCCGACAGUAACCUGUUCGGUAUCAACCAUUAUGCCGGCCCAUGCUCGUAUGACGUGACGCAUUUCAUUGAGAAGGAUACAGACCUGCUGGACGCUGGAUUCGUUACUCUACUCCGAAACUCGACGGACUCGUUCGUGUCGAAGCUCGUGUCUGGCCCGAGUCUGGCUACGGAGACUCAUCACCAGGAUUCAUCCAUUGUCGUUCAAGCUCAAGUCUCUUCACGACCUCUUCGUCACCCGACUGCUAUCACAGGCAGCAGCACGUCGCAACAGGACGAGCCGAACCAGCUCGACCCAUCGAAGACUUAUCCCAUUACGACACAGCUCAACCAUACGCUUUCUGAACUCUUCUUUGCACUGGACCGUGCACAUCUCUGGACGGUGUCAUGCAUCCGACCAAAUGACUCUGGCUCACCCAAUUCCUUCGACAAGCGGCGCGUGAAGGCGCAAGUCCGCUCUCUCUUGUUGCCGGACCUCAUCUCACGGCGGAGGGCGGAUUACGUCGUUGACUUCGAGCAGGAAGAGUUUUGCGAUCGUUAUGUUCCGACAAUGUUGGGUGAGACUCCCCUCCGGAUUCGGCAGUGCGUACAGAAAAAUGGGUUGAAGGAAGGGACGGAUUACGUUUUGGGACACCGAUGUAUAUGGUUGACAUAUGAUGCGUGGAAGCUUGUGGAUGAUGGUGUGCGGGAGCAGGAGAAGGCAAGUCAGGGCGCGGGUGGGGUGUUGGAAGAUGAGAGUGUAGGUGAUGAUGCUGCGACUGAGCAUACGCAAGACCCGAGUCCUUUCAGUGGUGCUGCGGAUUAUUAUAGUGAGAGUGCGGAUAACUUGUUACUCUCGCGAACUGCAUCGGGUGGUAUGAAUUACCUGGAUCCCAACAACGGAGCGACUUCGAGGUACGCUGCUGGAGGGUUGAAGUCACCUGUUGUAGAAGCAACGCCAGCAUACACUGAGCCCGACGACGGCAGUGCAUGGGGAUCAGAGUGGGACAAGAAGGGCGGAGGUGAUCGUAGCCCUCCACAGCCAAACUUACCGAAAGAAGCUGGCGGACUUACUGUACACAAUGCACCCAACACAAUCGAGGAAGUACCGACUAGUCGUUCGCGUCGUUUCUGGCUCAUAAUCGUGAUGCUGUGUACGUGGUGGAUUCCGGACUUCCUUCUCAAGCAUGUUGGGCGGAUGAAGCGACCUGAUGUCCGACUUGCAUGGCGCGAGAAACUCACGAUUUGUAUCCUCAUUGCCUUUACGUGCGGUCUUAUUCUGUUCUAUAUUAUCAUCUUUGGCAGGUUACUCUGUCCGAACUUCGACAAGGCGUGGAACCUGGAUGAAGUGUCACAGCAUUCUGGAACGAACGAUUUCUUCGUUGCGAUUCAGGGUAGGGUGUACGACGUCACGAAUUUCGUUGGACAUGAUCACAGUGAUAUUACUGGUUCACCUAGUAACAGUCAGUCGAUCUUGGAGUUGUUGGGCGGUGCGGAUAUGACGAAUUACUUCCCGCCACCACUUGCGUUGGCUUGUUCUGGAGUCGUUACUGGAGCUACUGCCAGCACGUUGACGCUGCAAUACGCGAACUUCACGCCAGUAUCGCCGACUGCUAUUCAUACGUCUGGUGCAUUGGCGGUGUCGACUACAUCAGCUUUGUCGAAUGAUGAUUGGUAUACUCAGACGUUCCUACCGAAGAUUAACCAAUUCCAUAAGGGCCCUGUCGUGUGGGAUAAGGGAACGGUUAAGUCUCAGGCGCAGAAUGAGACGGCGAAAACAUGGGCGUUCUACAAGGACAAACUCUAUGACUUGACCGACUACUUGAACACACUUACAGUGUUCAACAAUGCGGCGCAGUACAAGUUCUUGGAUGAGGAUAUUGUCGAUGCGUUCAAGGAGGGUGCUGGUGGCGAUAUUACAAAGUCGCUUGACCAGGUAUUGGCUACAAAGGACACGAACACUGUGAAUGCGAAUAUGGACUGCAUUCAGAAUAUGUUCUUUGUUGGUCAGAGUGACUUCAGGAAAACGGCGCGCUGUAGGGUGCAGAAUAUCUUGCUGCUCGUGGCGUCUAUUAUUUUGAUUGUUACUAUUGCUGCGAAGUUUCUUGCCGCCCUGCAAUUAGGAUCUAAACGCCACCCCGAAUUACAAGACAAGUUCGUCAUAUGUCAAGUACCAUGUUAUACGGAAAGCGAAGACUCUUUACGGCGUACCAUUGAUUCGCUAGCAGCACUCAAGUAUGACGAUAAGCGGAAGCUCAUUUUCGUCAUUUGCGAUGGGAAUAUCAUUGGUAGCGGGAAUGAUCGUCCGACUCCACGAAUUGUGCUGGACCUUCUUGGUGUGGACCCGAAGCUUGAUCCUGAGCCUUUGUUGUUCAAGUCUGUUGGUGAGGGGUCGAGACAGUUGAAUUAUGGGAAGGUGUACUCUGGGUUGUAUGAGUUUGAGGGACAUGUCGUUCCAUACAUUGUCGUCGUCAAAGUUGGCAAGCCGACUGAGAGGUCCAAGCCUGGUAAUAGAGGAAAACGUGACUCGCAGAUUCUUGUCAUGCAUUACCUCAACCGUGUGCAUUUCGACGCGCCGAUGAACCCGCUUGAGCUUGAGAUUUAUCAUCAGAUGCGCAAUGUUAUUGGCAUUGAUCCGGCUUUCUAUGAGUAUCUGUUCACUGUUGAUGCUGAUACGUCCGUUACUCCUGAUUCUCUGAACCGGCUGGUCGCUUGUGCUGCGGACGAUUCGAGCAUUAUUGGUAUUUGUGGUGAGACGAAACUUGAUAACGAAGAAGGCUCGUGGUGGACGAUGAUUCAGGUCUACGAGUAUUACAUUUCUCACCACUUGGCAAAGGCAUUCGAGUCCUUAUUCGGUUCCGUGACAUGUUUACCCGGCUGUUUCUCCCUAUACCGUAUCCGUACCGCCGACAAAGGUCGACCAAUCAUCAUCUCCAACCGCAUCAUCGACGAAUACGCAGAAGGCAACGUCGACACGCUACACAAGAAGAAUCUCUUCUCGCUCGGUGAAGAUCGAUUCUUGACGACGUUAUUGAUUAAACACUUCCCUACGUUCCGGUUAAAGUUUACACCUGAUGCGCUUGCACAUACUGUUGCGCCUGAGUCGUGGAGUGUUUUACUUUCGCAGAGGAGGAGAUGGAUUAACUCGACUGUGCAUAAUCUGUGUGAAUUGGUGUUCUUGCCGGAGCUGUGUGGGAUUUGUUGUUUCUCGAUGCGGUUUAUUGUGUUUAUCGAUUUGCUUGGGACGAUCAUCUUGCCGGCCACUGUCAUUUAUCUCGUCUACUUGAUUGUCACGGUUGCAACUGGUGCAGGCGCGAUUCCGACGAUCUCACUUAUUAUGAUUGCUGCCGUCUAUGGUCUUCAGGCUCUUAUAUUCAUCAUCAAGAGAGAAUUCAUGCUUGUUGGGUGGAUGAUUGUCUAUCUGCUUUCGUACCCGGUGUACAGUUUCUUCCUGCCGAUCUACUCGUUCUGGUGCAUGGACGACUUCAGUUGGGGUAACACGCGUCUAGUCGUUGGCGAGGGUAACAAUAAGAAGGUUAUCAUGGCUGAGGAUGAGAAGUUCGAUGAUAGUAUGAUCCCGCUUAAGAAGUUCAGCGAAUAUGAAGCAGAGGCAUGGGAGCACGAAGAUUCGCAUCGCUCGGAUGAUACUCGGCACACUGGGUAUGACUCUGGUAACCACUCGAGACAAAACCCAUCAUCUUCUCGACCUGGGUCUAUCAGGAGUUACCACCAGGCAUCACAAUCUGGGGAUUAUUACAGGGAUACGAACCUCACGUACAAUAACUCCUCGAACCCGAACUUGCGAUUGCCGAAUAAGCCCUCGUUGAGCAAUUUAUCGCAUCAUACGGGACGCGCGUCGAUGUCGCAACCGGCGCCGCAACUGGGACCGAUGCCGUUUGCUGCACCAUUUGGCACGGCGGGGUCUGUUAUGGGCGGUGGAUCGGACUUUGGUGCUACGGGUAACUUUAUGGGACAGAUGAACACUGGCCCAAGCUUUGGGGCUCCGGCGUCGAUGUAUGGGAUGCCGAUGAUGCCUUCGGGAACUGGUUCGCAAAUUGGUGGGUUUGGUGGUGCGCCUGGGAUGGGCAUGGGAAUGGGUGGACCGAUGAUGGGUGGUAUGGGGCAACAGAUGCAGCCUCCACAACAGCCGAUAGGGAUGCAGCGACCGAUGUCGACGUUCUCGCUUGCGACGACGAUGAACCCCUUCGCGAGUGGGCCGAAUAUGAAUGAGAACCCGAGUGAUGAGGAGCUACUUAUUGCGUUGAGAGCGUAUUUGAGUACGCAGGAUUUGAUGAGUGUUACGAAGAAGACUGCACGAGACGCGAUUGCGGCCAAAUUCCCUCGAGCGGACCUUUCGUCACGGAAGGACUUCCUUAACCAAUCUAUCGACCAGAUCCUCUCGGAAUCAUAGACAGACAGACAGGCUUACGCACCUUCCUUCCUUGCUUUCGUUGCUUGAUAUGGACUCGGACAUGCCACCCACCCAUUCAUCAUCACAGACAUUACUGUAAUAAAGACAUCAUCGCAUACUACUCUCUUUCCAGUCGCUCUUCACCAUCACCACCCCGCAUCCCUGCAUUAGCGACUUUCACACUACGAAACGAACAAUCCACGGUUUAUUCUUUUGGUAAUCGGCAUAGGGACUUUCUCUUUCACUUUCACUUUUCUUUUCUCCAUUUUCUUUAAUAUAGCGUUUAUGUCUAUCGUACGUACGGACUUUCCAAGUUUGAACACCUCGCGUCGUUACUGCUGCUGCUGCUACGCUGCUCUCGUUCUUCUCCACUCGUUUUCUCUUUUGUUCAGUUAGCUAGUUAGUUAGUUAGUUGCUUGCACUCGUUGAAGUAGGUAGGACCGACCCUCC